AUGGCUGCUUCUCUGAGACAGAGGUUUCUGCAUGUGCUGUGUUGCAGGGUGCGUCCCCGGGUGUCCUCCGGGGGCGACCCGGGUCACGGGGGCGGCACGGAGGCCGAGGAAUCGCUCCUGAUGGAGGGGUUUCUGUUUAAGAGGACCAGGAGUGUGUUAAAAACCUGGAACAGGCGGUGGUUCAUCAUACAAAACGAUCAACUUCUCUACAAGAAGAGGUUUAAGCGUGACUUCACGGUGCUGGCGGAAGACCUGCAGCGCUGUUCGGUCCAGAGCUGCGAGGAUGCCGGGCGCCGCUUCUGCUUCCGGGUGGUCACGCCCACAAGGAGGAAUCAGACGAGUACAAGAAUGAUUCAGAAUCAGAUUCCUCGAGCAAGCAGACAGACUCCCAGGGACCGUAUGGUGGAUGGGAACCAGAUACUUGUGAUGACUUUCCAGGAGCUUAUUGGGUCACAGGGACUACCGAGUACCACCCUGGCCCCUGACUGCCCUUUAGCCCCAGACUUGAACCCAAUUGAGCAUCUGUGGGACCUCCUCAAUGGUCGUGUUGGCUUUUUGGAUCCUCCCCUGGAUGUAGAAGUUCCAUGCGCUGUACCCGAGACAGACGACACCACAGAGGGAACGUCACGUGUGGUUGAGGACGUCUCUGAGCUGCACAAGUGCUAUGAGGUUUACAAAACCAUUGGAUCAGGUGGUUAUGCGACGGUCAAGCUCGGCAGGCACAUUCAGACUCAAGAGCCAGUGGCCAUCAAGAUCCUGGAGAAGAAAGAGCUCGGGGAUGAGUUGUCUGAUUUGAGGAUCGAGAUUGAAGCCCUGAAGAACCUCAAUCAUCAGCACGUGUGCCGCUUGUACCAAGUCAUGGAGACUGCUGACCAGAUCUACCUGGUUCUUGAGUUUUGUCCGGGUGGAGAUCUGUUCGACCACAUCGAUAAUAACGACAUGUUGUCGGAGGAGGAGACGCGCAGGAUCUUCCGUCAGAUCGUCUCGGCACUGGCCUACGUCCACAGCCAGGGAUACGCCCACCGUGACCUUAAGCCAGAAAACAUGAUGCUGGAUGAGAAGAACAACAUCAAGCUCAUCGACUUUGGUCUCUGUGCCAAACCAGAGGGUGGAUUGGGUACUGCUCUGAUUGAGGGCUGUGGAACCCCUCCCUACUUGGCACCAGAAGUCAUUGAUGAGCAACCCUAUCAUGGUGCAGAGGCAGAUGUUUGGAGCUUGGGUGUUGUCCUAUAUGUCAUGCUGUGUGGCUACCUCCCGUUCGACGGUGACAACUUUGUGGAGCUCCAUGAACAAAUCACUAAAGGACAUUUUGACACUCCUGACUGGCUGUCUCCUGGUUCUGUACUGCUGAUUAAGGAAAUGCUGCAGAUGUGUGUGGUUCCAGAGCAGCGCAUAAAGGUGGAGCAUCUGCUGGAUCAUGAGUGGGUAAUGAAGGGCUACAGCAGCCAUGUGGAAUGGCACAGCACAUGCCCGCUGGAUCAUCUAGAUGAGGAGAGCAUCACCGAGAUGGCUGUGAUGUUCAGACAGUCCAACCAAAGCACCAAGCAGCUGGUGUGUGAGUGGAAGUUUGAUCAGACCACAGCUACGUAUCUUUUGCUCUUGAGAAGGAAGCAGCGCAGUAGUCCAGUGUGUAGCUGAGCGGACGUGUAAGAAAUCCAGCAGGAGACGUUGUCGGCGCAUCAAGGAGGGACGAUGGUGGAGCCGUCCAAUCAGGACUUGUUACAUCUCAAUUUCACAUUUCAAUGAUUGUUGCAGAUGUUUCUCUCUAACCCAUCCUCUCUCUCUCUCUCUCUCUUUCUCUUUUUACCAGAACAAUGCAUUUUGGGUAUCUGUGUGUGACUGGUUAGAGGAACUCCACUGAGGUGCCGCCCUUGUUGAUCCACACAGCUGUAUGAGAAGUGUAGAACAUGGAUGACCAGGAUCAACAGGCCUCAAAAUCUUAUAACAUUAAAUAAUAAAUAAAU